UACGCUGCAGCAGCGAGGAGGCGAUUCCACCGCGGACAGGAGGCGAGAGAAGGAGGAAAAUGAUUAAUCUGUCAUCGGCGAAUUUGUGCCCGGAAUGAGACCCGCUUUGACAUUCAUUCGACCGUAACGAGGCUGGCGGGUGAGCACAGUGAGAGCCUGCUGACAGCGAGCAGCUCGUGUGACCGCGCGGUGUCUCGUCUUUUGCUGCCUGAUCUUCAGCACUGGACAGCGACGGCCAGGAAAUCCUGGGACUGGCUUGGCUCGGGGCAACGAGCGGCUAGAUGACUGCACUACACCAACAAGCACCGCGGUAUCCCGGACUAAUAUAGCAGCCACAUCCCCCUCCUCCUUCUCCUCCUCGCUCUCUCUGUCUCUCUAUUCAUUCGCUGAUCCACAGUCCCUCCGACUGAAGGCAUCAUGGGAAACCGUGGCAUGGAGGAGCUGAUCCCGCUGGUCAACAAGCUGCAGGAUGCGUUCAGCUCCAUCGGUCAGGCCUGCAACUUGGACCUUCCCCAGAUCGCUGUGGUGGGCGGCCAGAGCGCAGGCAAGAGCUCUGUGCUGGAGAACUUUGUGGGCAGGGACUUUCUGCCCCGUGGAUCUGGUAUUGUUACCCGCAGGCCCCUGGUUCUGCAGCUUAUCAGCGCCACUGCAGAAUGGGCUGAAUUUCUGCACUGCAAAGGGAAGAAGUUCACAGAUUUCGAUGAAGUGCGCCAGGAGAUUGAAGGGGAGACGGACCGUGUGACUGGGGCCAACAAAGGAAUCUCACCCAUCCCCAUCAACCUGCGAGUUUACUCUCCAAACGUGUUGAACCUGACUCUCAUCGACCUGCCGGGUAUCACCAAGGUACCAGUGGGAGACCAGCCGGCCGACAUCGAGCAGCAGAUCCGGGACAUGAUCAUGCAGUUCAUCACCAGAGAGAGCUGCCUGAUCCUGGCCGUCACACCAGCCAAUACCGAUCUCGCCAACUCUGACGCCCUGAAGCUCGCCAAGGAUGUGGAUCCUCAGGGUCUUCGAACUAUCGGUGUGAUCACCAAGCUGGAUUUGAUGGAUGAAGGCACAGACGCCAGGGAUGUUCUAGAGAACAAGCUGCUGCCGCUGAGGAGAGGCUACAUCGGAGUGGUGAAUCGCAGUCAGAAAGACAUCGAUGGAAAGAAAGAUAUCAAGGCGGCGAUGGAAGCUGAGAGGAAGUUCUUCCUCUCCCACCCGUCGUACCGACACAUGGCGGAGAAAAUGGGCACUCCCCGCCUGCAGAAAGUGCUCAACCAGCAACUGACCAACCAUAUCCGAGACACCCUGCCAGCAUUUCGCAGCAAGCUGCAGUCCCAGCUGUUGGCCCUGGACAAGGAGGCCGAGGAAUACCGGGGAUACCGACCAGAUGACCCGUCUCGCAAAACCAAGCAGCUGUUGCAGAUGGUGCAGCAGUUCUCCGUGGACUUUGAGAAGCGGAUCGAGGGAUCAGGUGAUCAGGUGGACACGGUGGAGCUGUCGGGUGGAGCCAAAAUUAACCGCAUUUUCCACGAACGGUUCCCUUUUGAACUGGUCAAGAUUGAGUGCGAUGAGAAGGAAAUGCGGCGUGAGAUCAGCUAUGCCAUCAAGAACAUCCACGGUAUCAGAACGGGGCUGUUCACUCCAGACAUGGCGUUCGAGGCCAUCGUGAAAAAGCAGGUGGUGAAGAUCAAGGAGCCGUGCAUCAAGGCUGUGGACAUGGUCAUCCAGGAACUCAUCAACACCGUCCGCCAGUGCUCCAACAAGCUGGAGUGCUACCCGAGGCUGCGAGAGGAGACGGAAAGAAUCGUGACUUCUCAUAUCCGAGACAGAGAGAGUCAAGCCAAGAAUCAGGUUUUGCUGCUCAUCGACAUCCAGUUGUCGUACAUCAACACCAACCACGAAGACUUCAUUGGCUUUGCAAACGCCCAGCAGAGGAGCAGUCAGACUAACAAGAGCCAGAGUUCGGCUACAAACCAGGUCAUCCGUAAGGGCUGGCUGACCAUCAACAACAUCAGUAUUAUGAAGGGAGGAGCCAAAGAGUAUUGGUUUGUGCUGACGGCUGAGAGUCUCUCGUGGUUCAAGGAUGAUGAGGAGAAGGAGAAGAAGUACAUGCUCCCUCUGGACAACCUCAAGGUCCGAGAUGUCGAGAAGAGUUUCAUGUCCAGCAAGCACAUCUUCUGCAUUUUCAAUACCGAGUCAAGGAAUGUGUACAAGGAUAAUCGCACCCUGGAGUUGGCCUGUGACUCACAGGACGACGUGGACAGCUGGAAGUCUUCUCUCCUACGUGCCGGGGUCUAUCCUGAGAAAACCGCCACGGUUGAGAGUGAGACCACUACCACCACAGACAACUUCUCCAUGGACCCUCAGCUGGAGCGUAAAGUGGAAACCAUCAGGAACCUGGUGGACUCCUACAUGGCUAUUGUCAACAAAUGCAUCCGGGACCUGAUGCCUAAGACCAUCAUGCACCUUAUGAUCAACAACGUGAAGGAGUUCAUCAACGCCGAGCUGUUGGCGCAGCUGUACUCAGCGGGCGACCAGAACGCACUGAUGGACGAGUCGCAGGAGCAGGCCCAGAGGAGGGACGAGGUGCUAAGGACCCACCAGGCCCUGAAGGAGGCGCUGGCCAUUAUUGGGGACAUCUCCACCUCCACCAUCACCGUACCACUGCCACCACCUGUGGACAACUCCUGGGUGGGAGGAACCAGUGGCGGCCGCAGGUCUCCACCACCCAGCCCCACUGCCCCGAGGAGGAUGUCGGCAGGACAGCGACCAUCACCCCGAGGCGCCCCACCGCCACCCAAUCGUCCAGGUCCCCUGGGACCCUUCAAUAACAGUGCUGACAGCCCACAAGCACCAAGCCGCCCGAACAGGGCUCCUCCUAGUAUUCCCAGUCGACGGCCCCCACCAUCUCCCACAAGACAAGUCCCACCUUAACUCUUUACACUGGGGUUUCUGGUCCCCUCCACUUCAUCCUCAUCGUCCCCUCGCAGAAGCCUCUCCCCCCCUUCACUUCCAGUUUCCUGCCAGGUGACGGUGUCCAUAUAUCUGUGUACAGUAUGGUACUUGUCUUGUGGUGUAUGUAUAUGUGCGCUUGUUGCUCGCCUGUGGUCCAGGUUUGCUUAGCAGAUCCACUCCCGACCCCACACCACCACCCCCCCACACACACAGACACUCGUCACCUCCACUUGCUGCUUCCACAUGAAAAUACGCUCAGCAGUUGUACUGCCCUUGUCAUUCCAAAUCGCAGCAUGGCACAUGAGCUGCUUUUAUUGCAUGGGGUGUGUAUGUAGAGUGUGUGGGUGUGUUUCGUGUGUAUGCAUAUGGGGAGGGAGCAAUUUGCCUAUAUGUAGGCCGAGUAUGAUUUAGUAUUGUAUUAAUUUAAUGAUAAUAAACCGUAAAUAAAUAUAUACAUAUAUAAGGUCCCCAUAAGUGUUAUUUAUCAGCUCAAUGUUCUCAUAGGAACACAAGUUGUAUCUUAAUUGUGCGUUUGUGUGCAAGUACCAGUGUGUGCGUGAGUGCGUGAGGACACGUGUGCAUGUGACGUCCGUCUGCACGUUGUUUCAGUUGUAUUUGUUUUCACGCUGUGGACGAUGAAUCAAAACAUCGGGGUAAAAUUCAAUGUUGGACUUCAGUGAGUUGUUCCUGUGUUGUAGUAGCAGCCAUACACACAUAGCAAGGCUGAGGAGCACCUCCAGUAUCUCUGUAUGGAAACAGCCUCAAUAAUACAUUUAUCCUCGUCAUAGGUGUCCACCUGUGCUGUAACUAUGGUCAAGUUGUGACCCUUUACAGUCUUAAGCUCUAAUUCAGACACUGACCUCCGGCUGGAUCUCGCCACUUGAAACACGUUUAAAAAAAAAAAGUUCUUUACAAAAAAAAAAAUGAAAACUUUGCCAUGUUCUCAUUUAGCCUUUUUCUCAGGUUUCUACAUGCAAAUAGAUGCACAUGACAAGGAAAUCGAUCCGCGUCUCUUCUUUCCUUCACGCUCACGUCCAUGACCCCGGUCGCGGAGGUCAGCGUCAGUGUCGGACCUUAAGCUGAUUUUGUCAAUGUUCAAGUGCUUCUCUGUCGGUUUGUUAUCGUGUAUAUGGGCCUAAACUGUGUUCUGAUGUAUAUAAGUAAUGAUAAGGAAAAAAAAUAAUAAAAUGUACCUGUGGAUUAGAGACCUCAAGAAUCCUAGCGCUUUAACGGUUCUCUAUGUCUGUACUCACUCGAUACGCUCUGAUUUAGACUGCCUUAUUGGCAUGAGUCUCAAUUCUGUAUUGCCAAAGCUAAAAUAGAGAUGUGUGAAGUUGGAAAAAAAAAUGAAAAAGUUCCAGUGGUACUGAGAUGACACCGUAUUGCAGAGGGCGUGAUGUUAAACUGGGGACUUUGCAUCAGUUGUUAUUUUCUGUGUCUCUGUAUUGCUCCUCAAUAAAUUCCUUCCUCAUAA